AGUCAUUUGUCAUUAUCUGUCUCUCUCCACUGAGAUUCAACACGUUAUCAGCACUUUGCUCUCCACCGAGCGGUUACCGUCGACAGCAAUGUCCAUGCAUCCGUGCAUCCGGCGUCUGUCGGACGAAAAGCGAUUCAAAGACAAGUUCAUGGAGACGCUGCUUAGGUAUGGCUACAGAGGCUAGUACAUGUCUAAUGGCUGGACGCUGGACAACAACCCGACACCACUGGAAGGAGAUGAUCUCGCUGGAGUCUGGCAGUCUGGCCACAAGGAGUUGAUCUCUACUCAGCAACAGUUGCACCACAGCAUCUGUAUCGUCGGAGGCCGGGACUGCGUGGCCAUGGCGCCGCCCAACGACUCCGAGCCAUGCACGCACCACCGGCUGCCCGCGGACGAGCUGCAGCCGCCGCCGCCGGCUACGUGCUGCGGCGCCGCUUUGGACGACCGGGCGCCGGCGGCGGCAUGGGCGUCGUCGCCGUCCGAGCCUGACCAGGUGGCGGCGGCGCCUGCUGCUCAGGAGGCGGAGAAGAAGCAGAACAGCGCGACGACGACGGAGGCCGAAGCAGCAGCGGGAAGCGGCGCCGGGCGGGAGCUGGUGGCGGCGCGGCGGCCGGCGGCGGCGGCGGAGGAGAGCGCGCGGGAGCGGCUGAAGCGGCAUCGCACCGAAAUGGCGGGGCGGGUGCGGAUCCCGGAGAUGUGGGGCCAGGAGCGGCUGCUCAAGGACUGGGUCGACUGCGCCGUCUUCGACCGCCCGCUCGCCGCCACCGCGGGGCUGCUCACCGCCCGCGACGCGCUCGUCGCCGAGUGCGCCGCCGCGCGCCGGCCGGCCGUCUCGCACGGCUCCGCGGGGCGCCCGCUACGGGUGCACAACGGCUGCUCGUGAGCACUGCACACGUCAUCGGCUACGACGACUACGAUCGAGCGACGAGCGAGCCCGCUCGCCGCAUGCAGUUGAGAAGUGUGCCUUUCAACAACUCUAUUAUUUAUUUCGAUCCUUCAUUGCGUAGUACUAGUACGUUCUCGGACUAUGGAUUUGGUCGAUGAUGUGAUGAUGAUACACACCACGAUUGGAGUAAUUAAUACUACUCAUGCUUCAUUAGUACUGGUGGUUGUAAUUAAUGUAGUUGAUCACCAUUUUAAGCAUGCAUGUCUCAAAACAAUCUUGUUUAUUAUUUUUUCAGCUAAUAUAUAAGCUAGAGUGUUCUUGCUU